AUGACAGCCAGUCUUGGGCGUGGAACUCUGUCUCGUUUGGAGACGAUGAGUAUCAAAUGCUCAAGUGAUACGGAACGAGGCUGCACCUCUAUGGUGGAGUAUGAAAAAGAGGUUGAGGGUGCUGCAGAUGAGUGGGCAGAAACGACGCAAAAGUGUCGCUGCGAGUGGAAAUGA